UUUGUGAAAUAUAUUAUUAGUUUGUUUUUUCUAUUUAUUAUAAUAUUGAUUUGACUAUUACCACUAAACAAGAUGGGUGAACGUAAAGGACAAAAUAAAUACUACCCACCAGAUUAUAAUCCUGCAGUAGGAGGAUUGAAUAAAUUUAAAGGAACUCAUGCCUUAAGAGAACGAGCUCGAAAACUCCAUAUGGGUAUUUUAAUAAUUCGUUUUGAAAUGCCAUAUAACAUAUGGUGUGAUGGAUGUAAUAAUCACAUCGGAAUGGGUGUUCGGUAUAAUGCUGAAAAAAAGAAAAUUGGGAUGUAUUAUUCAACUCCAGUUUAUCAAUUCCGAAUGAAAUGUCAUCUAUGUAAUAAUCAUUUUGAAAUCAAAACCGAUCCUGGGAAUUUAGAUUAUGUAAUUGUAAGUGGUGCUCGUCGACAAGAAAAUCGAUGGGAUCCCUUUGAAAAUGAACAAAUUGUUCCAGAAGACAAAGAUACGAGUAAACGACUGUUUGAUGAUGCUAUGUUUAAACUUGAACAUGGUACUGAAGAUAUAGAUAAAGCUAAAAAAGCAGCUCCAAUAUUAGUUAAGCUUCAUGAUGCACAAGAUGCUAAAUGGAAUGAUGAUUUUGCUGCAAAUUCCUUACUGAGACAACAGUUAAGAACAAAAAAACAGAAAAUUGCUGUGAAAGAAAAACAUGAUAAUGAAUUAAAAGAAAGGCUAUCGUUAAGUAUUCCAUUAGUAGAUGAAGUUGAAGAAGAUGUAAAAAUUGCCAAACUUUUAAGUUACCAAACUUCUGAUAGUACUAAAACCAGACAAAAAAAAUUUAUUCAUGGACUUCGUAAAACUCCAAAGCUAGAUCCUAGUAAACCAAAAAAGUGUCUUAAUGUGGGUAUCAUUCCAUCGACUAUUACAGCGAAAAAAGAAAUAUUACCAAUUGCUAAUACUAAUAGUUGUCCUACAUCAUCACUUGUGUCUGCAGAUUAUGGGUCAACGUCAUCAUCAGAUUAGUAUUUUAUUAAACAAUUAAAAACCGUUAUUAUUUAAAUAUUUUAUUUUAAUAAAUAAAAAACUAUAACAA